GAUAACAAAACGAUUAGAGCUUUCAGUUUGUUAUGGUCCGAGACGAGUGAUGAAAUGGUUGCAACUGGUGCAAGACUUGUUGCAAAAGAUCGUAUGAUUCAUAUUCAACUGAGAGAAGCUAAACUUUUGCCAUUUGGAGAAAUUGAUAAAACAACUGAGCGAUGGGUACCACUUCCGACAUUUAAAUAUCGUUAUAAUUUUCCAAAGUGGGCAACUUAUCCAAAUGGCACGGAAUUUUCAUUUGAAGAAAAUGUACAUUUUGUGCCAAUACAAUAUCUUUUUUCAAAAAAUAUAUGCUUACAAAAAGUUACCUUCGAUGGAAAACAUUUAAUAACUGAAAAUCAAUUUAUUUCUAUCAGAUCAUCAGACUUGAUUAAAGAUGCAUCACAAACAACAAUUCCAUUUUUUGAUCUUUUAGAAGUUGCACCUGAAAUUAGUGUACCAAUUUCGGGGAUUGAGCUAUUUCACAAGGGACAAUUUGAUGGUACAUCUGGUGGUUAUAUUUCCCUGAAAAUUUAUCCAAUAAAUUUAACUAUGUAUAUGAAUCCACCACUGAAUCCUGACAUUUCUAAUAUUUUAAAUUUAACAAUAUCUGAAUUUGAAAGUCAAAAAUAA